UUGGUAAACAUUUCAUUUGAUUUAUUGUAACUGUUAAUUAAUUAAAGUAAAUUAACUGAUAAUUUAAAGUAAUUAUGUCACGAGGGACUCUUUAUUUCAUCACCAGUAACAUGGAUAAACUUUCAGAGGUGGUCGCCAUCUUGGGGAAAGAUUUUCCAUUCAAGUUAGCUUCAAAAAAGGUUGAUCUUAAUGAGUAUCAAGGUGAUGAAGAUUUCAUUGUGAAAACUAAAUGUAUUGAAGCUGUUAAACUUGUUGGUGGUCCAGUUAUAGUGGAAGAUACCAGUUUGGGUUUUGAGGCUUUCGGAGGUUUACCUGGUCCUUAUAUUAAAUAUUUUCUUGAUGCAAUUGGUCCGGAAGGAUUGUUUCGAAUGUUAAAUACAUGGAAGAAUAAAAAUGCAUUGGCAACUUGUCGAAUUGGAUUCUGUGAGUCAUCCAAUUCAGAGCCAAUCAUUUUCAAAGGAAUUGUUAAAGGAACCAUAGUUGAACCUCGAGGAUCUUCAGGAUUUGGGUUCGAUUAUUGUUUUCAACCCGAAGGAUUAAGUGAAACAUUUGCUGAAAUGAACAAGGAAACUAAAAGUAAACUGUCGCAUCGAUAUGCUGCCGUUGAAGCGAUGAAAAGACAUUUCCUACCAUCAAACGAUAAUGAGCAAAGCUAAAGUUCAAAUAAAGUUCAAAUGAAGCUCAUUGAUUUAUCAUAUUAUGGUAUUAUCACAUUACCCUGAUACACAUGCAGUGUAACUAAGACCAAGAAUUAACUUUAUCCUAGUCCAAGAUGAAGUGUAUGGAUAACAAUCCACUCGAAACUGAUUAAAAAAGGGUCAUUACAAUCAGCUAA